ACACACACACACACACACACACACACACACUCUCUCACACACACUCACUCACUCACAGGAUGGCCGCCGUCUCGCCUCGCCACUGCCGAACGCCUCAGACCUUCUUCAUCUUCCUCUUCGUCCUGUCAGGUGGACCGUUGUGGUCUGUCUCCUGUUUUAAGGUGGCUGAGGGGGGCGUGGCCUCUCUGUCCUGCCAGUACUCGGUGAAGCGGUUCGGUCUGAGCCGGGUCUGCUGGGGUCGAGGCUGCGGGACCUUCUGGUGCAACAACAUCCUGGUCCAGACGGACGAGCACGGGGUCAUCGCCACGGUGGAGGACCGGUACCGUCUGACAGGGGACGUCCUGGACGGACAGAUGGACCUGGACAUCCUGAACGUGAGGCGGACGGACAGCGGGCAGUACUGCUGCAGGGUCGACAUCGACGGCAUCUUCAACGACAAGAAGGUGAUCAUGAACCUGAGAGUGGUCAAAGCUCCGGUCACCAGUUCUCCUCCUCCAACGACAACCACGUCAGCAUCGGCGUCCACAGUAAACUGGAAAUUCCUGCUGUCGUCUCAGCUGGAGCUGCUGAGGAAGAACUCCACCCUGCAGCGCUCCGACACCGUCAUGGUGGAGGACUCUCUCCCGUCUCUCUCCCUUCAGAUCAAUGUUCCCGUCCUCUCUCUCUCCCUCAGCGUCUUGUUGAUUUUGGCAGCAGUUUUUCUCUUUCUGGCCUUCAAACGUGGAAUAUACAGAAGAGCCUUAAAGAUCCGCUGUUUCUCCUCCGAAGAACCUCCUCACAUCAUCUACGAGAUCCGCAUGAGAAGACCGGUCACGGAGAACAUCUACACUCUGGACUAGGGACCAACGUUCAUACUACUCUCUACGGCAGGGGUGUCAAACUCAACUUCACUAAGGGCCACACUUGGAAAUAAGCAUCACAUCAGCGGCCAGACAUGUAGAGUUUAUUGACGUGCUUUUAUUUAAUCAAAGUCAAACAUAUUUGACUGUAUUAUUGUAUGUCUCAUAUAGCUUUCUCACUUACAAAUCUUUCGAUAUGUGCGCUACGGUGUCAAUUCACACGCAAUCGCAAGGUAAUGUAAGUCAAUGGAGGCCAAACGGCGUUGAUAAACACGCUACAAAGCGAGUAUGUGUCUUGAUUACGCGCCAAUAAUGGCGUAUGCUAAUUGAAGUGUCACACAUACGCCACUUCUUGACAUCAGUCUGGAAAGAAACUACAAAAUGCUUUUCCUGCAGGAGAUGCGUGUGAAUGCUGAAAAAGCUGAAAAGCUGCUUUAAUGCGUAAGAAGAAGGUGAAGUAGUGGGAAUACAGAGCCGGCCCUGGGCAAGAUGUCAGCUGUUACUGUACGUUUCUGAUGAUAUGUCACUUUAAUCUUUAAAGUUUAAAGUUUUCUUUUGUCA